GUUAACACCUGGCGCAGGUGACAGGUUGUUACAGUAUUGAUCAAUUUUGGACUGUGUCUCCUUAAGCGCCUCUUGGUGUCAUGAAGGUGAAGGUGAUCUCCAUCCUGGAAGACAAUUACAUGUACUUGGUGAUAGAGGAGCAGAGCAGACGGGCCCUGGCGGUGGACCCUGCUGUACCGCACCGGUUGCUGGAGAUAGUGAGGAGAGAAGGGUUAUCUCUUGCUGCUAUUCUCACAACACAUCAUCACUGGGACCAUGCUCGAGGAAACGAGGCUCUGCUGAAGGAGAUUCCUAGUUUGAAGGUGUAUGGUGGAGAUGAUCGAAUCGGAGGUCUGACGGAUAAACUGACAGACGGCCAGGAACUGAAGUUUAGCUCCAUCAAUGUGAGGUGCCUGUUAACUCCCGGCCAUACCUCUGGUCACAUGUGCUACUUUGUUUGGGAGGAUGAGUGCACGGACGCCCCCGCUGUGUUCACAGGGGAUACGCUGUUCAUCGGUGGAUGCGGGCGGUUUCUGGAGGGCACGGCAGAACAGAUGUACCACAGCCUGACCCAGGUGCUCGGUUCCCUACCUCAAGAAACGAAGGUGUUCUGUGGACAUGAGUACACCAUCAAGAACCUAAAGUUUGCCAUGCUGGUGGAGCCGGAGAAUGAAAAGGUUAAAGAGAUGCUGAGUUGGGCUAGGGAAAGAGACGACGACGACAAGCCCACAGUGCCAUCCAGCCUUCUGGAGGAACUUGAAUACAACCCCUUUCUUCGGCUCUCGGAGGAAGCGGUGCAGAAGUUUACAGGGAAGACGGACCCUAUAGAGGUGCUGAGAGUCUUGCGGAAGGAGAGGGACAAGUUCAAGAAGCCCAAGGAAAGACUUCCUCCUCACGCCAUGCUGUCUCUGGAGUGGGGGCUGUUCAGGCCCUGAGAUCCACUCUCUCAGCUCUCCAGUCUAACGACUGAACGCAGCUCGACACAGGACUGUAAAAUUAACUGCAUUUGAUGCUUUCAGUCUUAUAUUUUUGGUUGGCCAUCAAUUGGCUGAGUGUUUUAUUGAGUAUCAGAACAUGGUAACAACCAAGCUGCUUCCAUUGAAGUCCCCCUUUAAAAGGCCAAACCAUUCUGAUUUUCUCAGCAUGCAGCAAUUAGAAAUGUUCUUUGUAAAGGAAGUUAGGAGAGACGUUGUUCCAGAAAGCCCAGUCUGCUCUGGUCGACCAGCUCCAGUGUCUGAUCAAACAUCGCCCACCAUCCUGCAUCAUUUCUGCUAAAAAUAGCUUUUCAUUUGAUGCUGAAUUAUUACAUGCCCACCUGAUUGCAAGAUACGUUUUAGAAACUCUUUGAGAAAAUAAAACCCCAAAUAUCAUUAAUUAAACCUAAUUUUUCUUAAUUUUAUCAUUAUUGGGCAACACAUCAGUGUAUAAGUGAUGUAUAUAAUGAAAAACAGAUUAAACACAAACAUAUAAUGUGAUUGCGCGGGGAUGUUAGAUAUUCAAUUAAUGUUAAUUAAACUAUGUAUCUAUUGCCUUAAUGCUAGUCUGUGUAGCAAUAACAGGGGCUGACGUGAACUUUGAUAUUCUGCCCCCCUGUGGUCAGAAGUGGUAUUGCUACAGAGACUGGCUUUAAAAACUGUAUGAGAGAAAUAACCCUAAUUUUUAUGAUCUCUUGAUACUGUAUUAGAAAUUUUCCUUGGUUUAUUUUCUGCUUUUAUACAUUUUUGUCUGGUAACCAUACCAUUUUUUUUCUUUUUUGCCUCCGCCUCCCAUUUCCCAUUUGACUGGAUAUAGUUUUUUGUGAUGGGUUUCACCGGAGAUAUAUACAAUUUUUUAUUAAAAAUUCAAUUUAAUUUCAUGGGGAUGUAAGAAAAAAAGAAAAAAAAAGACAAAAUACAUUAUUAUGAAUGUCAAUUGCUGCUUUUCAACCCAAAGUGUACUCCCAAACUGUUCAAAAUCCUGAAAUUGUACAUUAAAGUUCCACAAUAAACAAAUCAGUCUAUAUACUGAUUACUAUGUUUCAAAAGACUUUACAAAACACAGAUUUAAAUAAUCUGUUUAUUUUUCAAAAUGUAUGUAUAUACAUGUAAUUAAAUAAAGAAUGAAUACUUUUCUAUUAAUUUCUUACAUUGUAAAGUUUAACAUAUGUCACACAAAAUGGUGUUAUUUAUUAUAAGGCCUAUCAGCAGUAUGAGGUCAAACUAUUUGGUCACAUGAAAUGAUCUGACCAUGAUGAAGCACUGUCUUUUUUCUGGUCUUCUUGUCAGGCACACAGCAGUAAAGUACUUAAAAGGAACACCUGCGUUUGUCAGAUUUGGCCCACAUAAUCCUCUGAACAACAUUGUGACAUUAAUUUG